CAUCCAUCAAGGUCACGACAUAUUGUACUACCAACCACACCAGAGACGUCGUCAUCAUCAGCUACCAUGUCCGCCACCAGCUCCCCUCGCAAUCCUCCCUUCAGGGCUGAACACAUCGGAUCACUGCUUCGACCGGAAAAGCUCGUCAAGCAGCGAUAUGCCAUCGCCGAGGGUUCCGCGCCUGCGGAUAGUCUGCCUCCCGUCGAGCAGAAAGCCAUUCGCGAUGUCGUGAAGACGCAGCUGGACUGCGGGAUUCAGUCCUUGACCAAUGGCGAAUACUCGAGGCAUCAAUUUUGGGGGACAUUCAUGGAAACCCUGAACGGCAUGGAAGAGAUCAAUCUUCGCGAUGGAGGCUACGAUCAAUCCAUCUUCCGCGCCUACGCUCCCGACGUCAAGAGCUUCAUGCACGCGAAAACGAUUCCAAACUCGGUGACCGUCGCCGUGGGCAAGAUUUCGCAUACGGGAACGUCGACUUUCUUGCCCGAGUUGGAGUUUAUGAAGUCGAUUCUGCCGGAGGAUCAGUGGAGUUCGAUUAAGUUGACUAUUACGAGUCCGUCUUGGUACCAUUUCCGCUAUGGUCCGAAGAAGGCGUAUCUUGAGGGCGUGUACGACAAUGACGAGGAGUACUUUGCGGAUCUUGCCAAAGCGUAUCAAGUCGAGCUGAAGAUUCUGUAUGACGCUGGCUUGAGAAAUGCACAAAUCGACGACCCCAACCUCGCCUACUUCUGCUCCGAAUCCAUGCUCUCCGGCUGGUCCUCCGACCAAGAAAACUUCCAAACCGCCGACCAACAACUCGACGCCUACAUAUCCUUCUACAACAACUGCGUGAUCCGCCCCGCCGACUUCCACAUGGGCAUCCACCUCUGCCGCGGAAACUACAUGGGCUCCAAACACUUCUCCGAAGGCGCCUACGACCGCAUCGCGACCAAACUCUUCAACGACCUGAACGUCUCGACCUACUACCUCGAAUACGAUACUCCUCGAGCCGGAGGCUUCGAACCAUUGAAGCACCUCCCGAAAGACAAGAAUGUCGUGCUGGGAGUCGUGACGUCCAAGUUUGCGGAGCUGGAGAGCCAGAAGGAUAUGGUGGAGAGGGUGUACAAGGCGGCGGACUAUGUGGCUGAAGGGUCCGGACAGACCAGGGAGGAGGCGUUGAAGCGGCUGAGUGUUUCGCCGCAGUGUGGGUUUGCGUCGCAUGCGGAGGGGAACUCGUUGACGGCGGAGGAUAUGGAGAAGAAAUUGAGGUUGGUGAGGAGUAUUGCGGAUGAAGUUUGGCCGGGUGAGCCGUAGAGUGUUGGAGAAUUUUGAUCGUGAGGCGUUCUGUAUU